ACAUUUUGUAUACGCCUACCUGGUACUUCUGCUAGUGAGAGAAAGUCCAAAAGACAACCAUGGAAACUAAGCACUCGAAUGUUAAACAACGAACUGACUCCGAAAUCUGUUCGCACAAAGUACGGAUUUCUCAUUCCCUGUCCACAUCGACGCCCGCAGCUUCUUCCUCUAAGACUAAGAGGAAGAUGCCAUUGGAGAGCAAGGAAAAGCUAGCUUCUAAAAAGCCUAAAAUUCUCAAAUCUAAGGCUAAACAAGAAAAAUCUAAUAAUCGCAAAAAAUCAGAGAGCAUUAAACGAAAAAGGGCAACAGUUAGUGACAUGUACGAUGAUGUUGAAGCUAAGUUCUCUGUUUUGGAGCGAGCAGAAAGGGUGCUGUCGAGCCUGUCAGAUGAAUUCCCUAGCUUUAUAAAGUGUAUGCUGCCAUCAAAUGUUGCUCAUGGGUUUUGGCUGCAUCUUCCGAAGGCAUUCUGUGACAUUUAUCUACCGACUUGUGACACCAAUAUUAUAUUGGUAGAUGAAUGGGGAAAUGAAUACAAAACGUCUUAUCUUCUGGAAAGGCAUGGAUUAAGCGCUGGCUGGAGAGCAUUUUCAAUCUCUCACAGAUUACUCAAAGGAGAUAUUUUGAUCUUUCGUCUGAUUGAGCCAUGCAAACUAAAGGUAGACAUAGUAAGGGUAAAUGGUCGAGAUGUGGUAGAUGCUGCUCUUUGCCUCUUGAAAUUUGAUGCUAGUGAGAACACAAGGGAUCCUGAUCUUUCACGGAAAGAUACUCGCAAGCGUAAAAGCUUAGUGAAAUUCAUAGAGCCUUAUAUCCAUGAUGUUUGUAAACCUGAGGCAAAUGUUCAAGAUGAAGGCCAAAGUGCAUUGGAUUGUUGCUCUCCACACAUUGUGGAUCAGGCUGAACAUAAUAGUAAAGAUUCAGGGUCUGAAGAUUUUGAAGGUAUGACCUUGCAGGACUUUGUCUUUGUUUAUGCACAAAAACUCCAAAACUUGUUAUUAUCUUGUCUGUGUGAUCCCAUUUUAGGUUCUGAUAUUGCCAACCACCUGCAAUCCAAUGAGUUCUGCAGCUCCAAAACUUCAUUUUUGUGCGUAGAUCCCCGCGAUGGGGUAGCUUGUAGAUAGAUUGCUAUAAAAGAAAGUGCGUCUACAGAGGUUGGAAUUGAUUGAAGCUCAAAAAUCAAUUGAUUUUGCUUCUUCGUGUUACAAGGAAAGCUUCUGAGGGGUGCGUGACGGUUGGACUCAGUUUUGGUGGACAUUCAGCAUAGGAGCAGGAAAACACAGCAAAGAGCCAAAGACUACCUCGGAGAGGAGAAUCUUGGCUGAACCAUCUCAAGUGUUUUGGUUUUUGAAACGGUAUGGGUUUUUGGUAAAGAAUACUGUACAUCACCCUCCUGUUUAGAGGUAAUAUACUGUGUAUAUAGAGUCAAACCCAUUCUCAGGGAUUUUUUUUACAUAUACUAAAAGAAGUAUUUUCUGCACCAAAUAUUUUAUUAUUUAAUAUGAUUUACGACAAACGUUACAGUAUUUUAUAUUUGAAUGAUAAAAAAAAUAGAGCAAAGAGGAACUAUUUUUAUGGUUUAUUCUAUUGGCACAAGACAGUACCAAUGCCGGCAGUUGCACUGAUCUGUGAUUUGUGUUUACAGCUUCGAAACUUGUUGGCUGAAAGCAGGAUCUAUGCAAACCACAACCUGCAAUAUGGUUUGUUUUCCUUAUGACAGUCAAAGAACUCGAACCAGAAAAAAACUGAAGUCACAAAAUCAUGAAGGAAGAAUACGAUUAUAGCAUCUUGUUUGUACCUUGCCAGUGCUUUUACCAGAAUAAAGAUACUCAACAGCAUCAGCAACAGAAUGAACACCUAAAAAUCUUUUUGGGUCUAUGGCAACCUUGGACACAGAAUAAAAGGAUUUUUAACGCUUAUAAUACACUAAACCUUAACUUAGUUGUAUGUCUAAUUCAAAAUCAUAAGCAUAAUGCGUGGUUUGAAAAGCAACAGAUAUAAAUGAAAUAUUUUCUGUGGUGGA